CCCCUCACUUCCUCGCGGCGCGCCUGCAACUCGAGCAGUUAUUUCCUGGAUCGCCGAGUUCCCCUUUAAGGGGCAGCGAUCAGUGCUGGGAAUUAACGUCAACUCGGCUCCCGAGCACUCCGGCAGAUCAAUGAGCUGAGCGCGUUUCUCUUUUCGGCUUCUGUCUUCCAGGAAGCGGACAGCUCGCAAAAUGUAACAAAAAUUGGACAAGGGCGAGAGGAAGAAAUCGCAAAACGUAAAUAAGAGGAACGUCUUUUCACAGCCACGUUUAGAAGGAAACAAAGUCGCGGUGCGCGAUCGGACGCUGGAAGAGGAAUAGGAGGAGGAGGAAAGGGGACGGGAGAGAGUGACGAGGAACAGAGGGGAUGAACGUGCUUCUCUGGAUUAUUUCAAGGAAAUACGGGAAAGGGGACCGCGAGGGGGGUAGAAUUGACCCCUUCAUCCCUUCGGGGAACUUCCUGGAUUGCACGAGACAUGUCUGAAGCGCCUCUCCAACUGGCGGUGAAGGGAGAGGAAUCUGAAUCACUACAGCAGUGUGCUAUCGAAAUAUAACAACUGACAUCUUAUUGACAACGUGAUUGAAGCAAAAUUCUACAGCCACAGCAGGAAAGGAUCUCGUACACACCUCCUAAGAGCCCUGUGUCAAACUACGCUUCGUCUCCGGUACAUGUUCCAACACAAAGAGCCAGCAGCACCAUGGAGGAAGAGCUAAUCAGACUGCCAACACACCUGCGCUUACAACCCAUUUAUUGGGCGAGGGAGGAUGUGUCCCAGUGGUUGAAAUGGGCCGAGAAAGAAUUCUCUUUACAUCCCAUUGACAGCAACACCUUUGAAAUGAACGGCAAAGCCCUUCUGCUACUCACCAAAGAGGACUUCCGUUAUAGAUCACCACAUUCAGGAGAUGUUUUGUAUGAACUUCUUCAGCACAUCCUGAAGCAAAGAAAAGCCCACUCAAUGCGUCCACCAUCCUAUUUUUUCCCCGGAAACUCCUUGUCAGCACAGACAGAAUCCAGGCUUCACCAGCAAAAAUAUGGCGAUACCAUAAGGCUCAGUUCCAGGGUUUCAGAAAAUAUCCACCAUACCCCACCCACUAUUGAGCUUCGACACCGGCCCCGAACACCUACAGUUAACAAUCGGGCCUCUUCACCUGACACAGAUCAUCAUGUACAGAGAUCCCCUGUGCAAAGCGCUCCAUGUAGGUUAUCUCCAGAAGUGGGACCCCCUGGCCAUCCCCAUCCUGAAAAUAACCAGAACUGUACCUCAGAUGAACUAUUUCACCUAUCUGUGUCUCCAGUGGAGAACAACAAUAACCAGUGUGGUACUCCCUCUGAUGGCCAGGGCUGUGGAAGUCCCUACCCAGACAACCCUCGUGUGAUUCAACUGAUGCCCAGUCCCAUCAUGCACCCAAUGAUUAUCAACUCUCGACAUCCUUUAGAAUUCAAGCCCAGAGUUUCAGAAAAUGGGCACGUGAGAGAUGGCAAGCCAAUGAACCUGUCUCACCGUGAAGAACUUCUCUAUAUGAAUCAUACAAUGGUGCCUGUUUCUCCACCGGAAGAGCAUUGUCUUCCAAUUGGAAGGAUUGCAGAUUGCAGAUUGUUAUGGGAUUAUGUUUACCAGCUGCUCUCUGACAGUCGGUACGAGAAUUACAUCCGAUGGGAAGACAAAGAAAGCAAGGUUUUCAGAAUAGUGGAUCCGAAUGGACUUGCUCGGCUGUGGGGAAACCACAAGAAUAGAACAAAUAUGACAUAUGAAAAGAUGUCAAGAGCAUUGCGGCAUUACUACAAGUUGAACAUCAUCCGCAAGGAGCCAGGACAAAGACUUUUAUUCAGAUUUAUGAAAACCCCAGAUGAAAUUAUGAGUGGCAGGACUGACCGCCUUGAACACCUGGAGUCUGACCUGGACGACCAGAUGUAUGUGGAAGAAGAGUGUUGAUGUUUGUGACGUCUGAAGUGAACCGUGGAAAUAAUUUAAUGUAUGGGGAGCUUGAUAUUUUUGUAAAAGCACAAAUUGGUGCUUCACUUUACACUUGAUGCAAAACUUUAUAGCACCUUAUAUGUGAGCUUCAAAUUGAGAAUUAAGACGUAAAUCUACUGAUUGUUUUUUGUCAAACAAUGCAUCUGAAGAGGGUUCUUAAAGUCAUAAAUUAAUAGGAGCAGUUGGGGGACAUUUACAAUGAUUCAAAUAUCUGAUUGUUUAGAAGGGGAUGCAGUUGUCAAGUUGUCUCUGGCAUGCUACUGAUGAAGGUCACAUGGAGAACACCUUUCCAUCCUCCCUGCACUUCUGUGUCAUGCAGUACCAAGUUUCAGGUGCAUCUUUCUUAAUGUAGAGUUGGGACAGGCAGGAAUGUUUUCUCCUGCCAAGUGGCAUACUCCAAUAUUUGAAAACAAGAUUUUAAGAGGUUUAGGUGACACUGUCUGUUGUCAACCUGCAGUGUUUUUCAGAAAUUUUUUUACAUGCACAGCUUUUUACAAUUAAUGGUAACCUGACAGUUUUCAAAUCUUCUAUCUAAUAAUUUUUGGUUUAAGAAAAGUGAUGAAUUGCGAAUGCUCAUUCAUAAAUAGCAUUUGUGUUUUGUUCCAAAUCUGCAUGACUGAUUUAAAGCAAAUAUGGUGUAAUGAAUGAAAUGAAGUGGUAAGAAGAGAGCAAAUGCAUUUAAAAAAGCAUUGCAGGUUUUGAGAACGUGUAGCUUUAAAAAUGGCCCAGGCUUGAUUAUGCCUUUCUAAAGCUGUAGGCCAUUUAAGCUGAACUGCCAACCAAAUCCCAGCGGUGUGGCACUUGUAACCAGUCGGUUGACCUGAACAGCAGAGGCUCCAGUUCUCUCUCUUGGCCACGUGACCAUGAAAUGUUUUGACCAACUUGUGCCUUGAUUUGUCUGUAAAGUUAUUCGUUUUUUGUCAACUUUUUUUUUUUUUUAAAUUUUUUUAAUAAAACAAAUCUGAGCUCAAUA